AUGUUAAUUGCUUAUAGAAAUAUAGUGAGAACAUGUAGUUCUCUCUCAGCUAGAUUCUAUGGUACAUCGAAUAAUAACAGUACUCAGAGUACUGACUCUACAACUCAUUUCGGAUUCAAGACAGUUCAAGCCGAUCAAAAGGAAUCGAUGGUGAAAGAAGUGUUUGAUUCCGUUGCCUCUAGCUAUGAUGUUAUGAAUGACGCAAUGUCACUUGGUAUUCACAGAUUGUGGAAGGAUGAAUUCAUCAAUACUCUCAAUCCAACACCAGGUUCUCAUUUGUUAGAUGUCGCCGGUGGUACAGGUAACUAUCAAUCAACUAUCGAUCAUUACUCACAAUCAACUCAUCUAGAUCUUCUUUAA